UUCCCCCACCUCCCGCCCGCCGGCCCGCUCCCUCCCUCCCUCCCUCCAGUUGCAGGAUCGGCAUCGAUGCGAUUCGACCGCGGCCUCGCAUCCGGUGCGGAGGUCUGCGAUUGGGGGGAGGCUCCGCUUCGCCGCCGGAACCGCUGGGAGUUUCCUGCUGGCUCCUAAUCCCAAGUGGAGCGAUUUGGUAUCUCCCGGCAUUACUGUUUGAUGGCAGACAGCAGUGCUGCUUCUCUGAGGAGGCAUUGUGGCAAUAGGCAGCUACGUUUUGUACAGCAGCAAUCCAUUCACAGGAGAAACUAGAACAGAUCAAAGAGGAGCCUGAUCAUGGAGCAUGUGAUUGGAGGGAAGUAUAAGCUUGGGAGGAAGAUUGGGAGUGGAUCCUUCGGGGAGCUAUAUCUCGGUGUUAAUAUACAGAAUGGAGAGGAAGUGGGAAUAAAAUUGGAACCUGUGAAAACAAAACAUCCACAACUACAUUAUGAAUCUAAAGUUUAUAUGCUAUUGCAGGGUGGAAAUGGUAUCCCACACCUGAAGUGGUACGGUGUCGAGGGGGAGUACAACGUUAUGGUGAUCGAUCUUCUUGGCCCAAGCUUGGAAGACUUGUUUAACUGCUGCAACAGGAAACUUUCAAUGAAAACAGUGCUUAUGCUUGCUGAUCAACUGAUAAACCGAGUGGAAUACAUGCAUUCCAAGGGAUUUAUUCACCGUGACAUCAAGCCAGACAACUUCCUUAUGGGCUUAGGCCGAAAAGCUAAUCAGGUUUAUAUAAUUGAUUAUGGGCUUGCUAAAAAAUACAAGGACCUUCAGACUCAUAAACAUAUCCCCUACAGGGAGAACAAAAAUCUGACUGGAACAGCACGUUAUGCCAGUGUGAAUACCCAUCUUGGAAUAGAACAAAGCAGAAGAGAUGAUCUGGAGUCUGUUGGCUAUCUUCUGCUAUAUUUUUUAAGAGGAAGCCUCCCAUGGCAGGGUCUUAAAGCUGGCACUAAGAAGCAAAAGUAUGACAAAAUUAGUGAAAAGAAAAUGCUUACCUCAGCGGAGGUUUUGUGCAAAUCUUACCCAUCAGAGUUCGUCUCAUAUUUCCACUAUUGUCGCUCCCUGCGAUUUGAAGACAGGCCAGAUUACUCUUUUCUGAAGAAACUAUUUCGUGAUGUAUUUGUCCGCGAAGGAUACCAAUUCGAUUAUGUAUUUGACUGGACUGCACUCAAGUACCCUCAAAUGAGUUCAAACAAUAAGCUUGUUCAACAACCAAGUGCAAGAAUAGCUGGAGCUGGACCAUCUGCCGAGAGAACAGACAAAGCAUCAGUGGGACAAGAGAUCCGGGAUAGAUUCACUGGUGCUGUCGAGGCAUUUGCCAGAAGAAAUCCAGGCUCUGGUCGCCAUGGAGACCAUUCCAGGCACAAAAGCCAUGCAGAUUCCUUUGGAACAUCUAACGAAGCAGUUGCCGACUCGGAGAAAUCGCGCUUCUUGUCCCGGGGCGGGAGCUCGUCGAAGAUGCCCGCGGGCUCGUCCAGCCGGCCGACCUCCUCGGGGGACUGCAGCGACCAGAACCGCCGGUGGGUCUCGGGCAGCAGCGGCGGCAGCGGGCGCCCGUCCACCGCGCAGAGGCUCCACCACUCGGGCGGCGCCGAGAACAGCAGGUCGUCCCCGCGCUCCCCCGUGGCCCGGGGCGCGGCGCCGGGGAGGGGAGGGGGGGGCUCCGGCUCGCGGAACAACACCACGUUCCGGAGCCUCGAGCGCCUCUCCAUCAGCACGAGCCGGAGGAAGUGAACGAACCGGUCAGCCGAGGAAUUUCGAUAUUUGACAUCGAAUCCGCAGCCCUCACUUAUUUUGACCCUCAAUUCACGUACCUUUCAAAAUAAAUAUAAUCCUCCGACUGCUAAUUCUUUUGAUUCAAGAAAUUCUCUCCACUUUUCUCCAUUUUAUUUCCUUUUCAUUUUCCAGUAUUAGUGAAUGGAUAAGUUAACUCUGCCUUAUGUUCCCUACCUA